AUGUUAGGACAAACGGUUAUUGUUGCUUUGGCGGCAAUAUCAACUCUGGUCGAUGCCCAUCCUCACCAAAUUAGAAAGGUAUCGCCAGCUCAUAAUGUCGAGAAGAGAGCUACUACAGCACCGACAAUCUCAGGAUGGACCUACCAGGGAUGUGUAACUGACGGUGGAGCUAGAGCUUUGACUGCCAAAAGUCAGAUCAACGGUGCGAUGACCGCUCAGUUGUGUACCACUUGGUGUGCAAGUCAGGGAUACACUUAUGCUGGAUUAGAAGCUAAGAAUCAAUGUUACUGUGACACCCAGUUGAGAAAUGGACUUGGGAUUUCCACUUCAGCUUCGGAUUGUAGUUACGCGUGCACUGGUGAUUCCAGUCAACCUUGCGGAGGGUACUACAAGAUGAACUUAUAUAUCGCAAAUACAGCUACUUCCACUUUGACUUCUACUAGUACUUCCAAAACAACCUCUACUUCUACAAGUGCUUCAAAGACAUCUACUAGUACUUCAAAGGCAUCUACCAGUACUACCAAAACCAGCACGACGGCCGCCACUUCCACCACCACCCAAAGUAGUUCUACGGCCACAUACUAUGGUUGUUACCAAGAUUCUUCUUCAAGCCGUCUCAUGAAUAGCGCUUCUACAGAAUCUUCUUCGAUGACUCCUAGCGUCUGUCAAGCUUUCUGUAGCAGCAAAGGAUACUCUUUAGCGGGUGUCUCUUAUGGCAAACAAUGUUUUUGUGGUAAUUCGGUCGAUCAAACCAAGAAGCAAUCUUCGGAAACAGGCUGUUCAUACGCUUGUACCGGUGAUGCGAGCUUGAAAUGUGGUGGAUUUUGGUAUCUCAACAUAUACAGUUCAAGUGGUACAAUCUCUACCACUAGCGCGGUCUCCACUACAAAGGCUACCAGCACCAGCGCCAGCAGCAGUACAAGUACCACAGCUACCUCGACAACCUCCGUAGCUGCUGCAGCUGGUUCAUCAACGACUGGAGUAGCUUCACCGCCUUCUGCCACGGGUACCAAACAGCUUUUUGCUCACCACAUGGUCGGAAACACCUAUUCGUAUACCCAAUCUACCUGGGCAGACGAUAUCUCCCAGGCUUCCGCUGCUGGUAUCGAUGGCUUUGCAUUGAACUACGGUUCUGAUUCUUGGCAACCUAGCAGGAUCGCCGAUGCUUAUGCAGCAGCUAAAGCCAAUGGGAACUUCAAGAUGUUUUUAUCCAUGGAUGUAUCAUCGUUGGGAUGCUCCUCGACCAGUGAUGCCUCCAACCUAGUCAACACGAUCGCUACGUAUGCCAGCAAUUCUGCUCAAGCCAAAGUCAAUAGUAAAGUACUUGUAUCGACCUUCGCAGGAGAGUCUUGUACAUUCGGCCAAGGCUCUUAUCAAGCGGCAUGGACCUACUUCAACUCUCUUCUUACAGCCAAAUCGAUCGAUAUAUACUUUGUCCCCGCCACUUUUGCCGAUAUCAGUACCUUCUCAUCAAGUAGUUGGAUGGACGGUGAAUUCAAUUGGAACUCCGGCUGGCCAAUGGGUAGUUCCGCUUUGGAUACCUCCUCAGAUACUAGCUACAUGAGUGCCUUGGGUACCAAAGGAUACAUGGCGGGUGUAUCACCGGCGUUCUUCACGUACUACUCCCCUUCGAGCUAUAACAAGAAUUGGAUCUACAGGAGUGAUGAUUGGUUAUUGGCCAGAAGGAUGGAGCAGAUCAUUUCGAUGAGAAAUAAAUUUGAUUUGGCUGAGAUCAUCUCUUGGAAUGAUUACGGAGAAUCCCAUUAUAUCGGUCCUAUCCGAGCUGAUCAACCUAACUCUCAAGGAUGGACAAACGGUAUGCCCCACACUGCUUGGCUAGAAGUUAUCAAAUACUACGCUCCGGCAUUCAAGACCGGUUCCUACCCAUCUGCUAAUGAUCAAUUGGUGUUAUGGUCUCGACCUCACCCUAAAGCGGCUACUGCGACUUCGCCUUCGAUGUCCCGACCAACAGGAUGGAACAACACCGAUGACCUCUUAUACGUUUGGGUAGUUUUGAAAUCUGCAGCCACAGUUACCGUCACCUCAGGAUCCAACAGCGUCUCUUGGAACCUCAGUGCGGGAGUUAACAAGGUGUCUGUUAAAUCUGCUGCAGGUUCGAUUGGAGCUAAGAUCGUAAGAAGUGGAUCUACAGUCAAAUCUUACGAUUCAACAGGCUCAUUCACAUAUACAACCUCACCAAGCGAUUACAACUAUAACUACUUUGUCGCUUCUGCAUAA